AGCAAAAAAGUUAAAGGCACAGUUGUUUUGAUGAAGAGGAAUUUCUUGGAUUUAGAUGAUGUCAAGGCAUCUGUAGUCGACCGUGUUGAUGAGAUACUUGGACAUAAGGUCUCUCUGCAGCUUAUCAGUGCUGUCCAUGCUGACCCUGAUAACAGGUACAGGGGAAAACAUGGAAAGCCAGCACACCUGGAAAAUUGGGAAACCAAAAUCACACCUUUGACAGCAACUGAUGCUACAUUUGGAGUCACAUUUGAAUGGGAGGAAGAGGCUGGAAUUCCAGGGGCUUUCCUUAUUAAGAACUUCCACCAAAAGGAAUUCUUUCUAAAGACACUGACACUUGAUGAUGUUCCAGGCCAUGGCCGAGUACACUUCGUUUGCAAUUCAUGGAUUUACCCUUCUAAGUACUACAAAAGAGAUCGUAUUUUCUUCUCCAAUCAGACUUACCUACCAAGCCAAACACCAGCGCUUCUUCGUUAUUAUCGAGUAGAAGAGCUGGAAAAUCUGAGAGGAAAUGAAAUGGGGAAGCUGGAGGAAUGGGACAGGAUCUAUGAUUAUGAUGUCUAUAAUGAUUUGGGCGAUCCUGAUAAGGGUCCAAUGUACGUGCGCAAUAUUCUUGGAGGAUCCACCUUGUACCCUUAUCCUCGUCGAGGGAGAACAAGUCGUUUGCCUACAGAAACAGAUCCUAAAAGUGAGAGUCGGCUGCCACUACUUAAAAGCUUGGAUAUUUAUGUGCCCAGAGAUGAGAGGUUCAAUCAGCUGAAGAUGUCAGAUUUUGCAGCAUUUGCAUUGAAGUUAUUGUCUCAAUUCUCUCUUGCUGAGCUUGAGGCUUCCAGCUUUACUGAGUUUGACACAUUUGAGGAUGAACUGAAAAUAUAUAAAGAUGCAUUUAACUUUCCUUUUGAAUCCCUUAUUCAUAAAAUCAGGGAUCUUGUUCCAAUGGAAUUGCUGAAAGAGUUACUUCGAUCAGACGGUGAGCACCUCUGUAAGUUUCCAAUGCCACAAGUAAUCAAAGAAGAUAAAUCUGCUUGGAGGACUGAUGAAGAGUUUGCAAGAGAAAUGUUGGCUGGAUUAAACCCUCUUGUUAUCUGUGCUCUAAAAGAGUUUCCUCCGACGAGUAAGCUGGAUCCUACAGUUUUUGGCAACCAGAAGAGUACAAUUACAGAGGAGCAUAUAAAGAACAAUAUAGAUGGAUUAACUGUUAAACUGGCAAUCAAGGAGAACAGACUGUUCAUAUUGAAUCACCAUGAUACUCUGAUGCCAUACCUGAGACGCAUAAACACUACUACUACAAAGACUUAUGCCACAAGAACUUUACUUUUUCUGCAAGGAGAUGGGACAUUGAAGCCAUUAGCAGUUGAACUGAGCUUGCCACAUCCAGAAGGUGAUCAACUAGGAGCUGUUAGCAAAGUGUAUACACCUGCAAUUGAUGGUCAUGAUGCAACCGUCUGGCAACUAGCGAAAGCUUAUGUUGCAGUAAAUGAUUCUGGCUAUCAUCAGCUUAUUUCCCAUUGGUUGAAUACUCAUGCAGCAGUUGAGCCAUUUGUGAUUGCAUCAAAUAGGCAAUUAAGUGUUCUCCAUCCGCUUUACAAGCUUCUGCAUCCCCACUUCCGUGACACAAUGUUCAUAAAUGCAUUUGCAAGGCAGACCUUGAUUAAUGCUUGUGGAAUUGUUGAGAUGACAGUGUUUCCUUCCAAAUAUGCCAUGGAAAUGUCAGCUGUAAUGUACAAGAACUGGGUGUUCCCUGAUCAAGCACUUCCAACUGAUCUUAUUAAGAGAGGAAUGGCAGUUGAGGAUUCAAGUUCACAACACGGUCUUCGUUUGUUAAUUCAAGACUAUCCAUAUGCUGUUGAUGGCUUGGAAAUCUGGUCAGCAAUUAAAAGUUGGGUUGAGGAAUACUGUCAUUUCUAUUACAAAUCGGACGACAUGAUUCAGAGUGAUUCUGAACUCCAAUCCUGGUGGAAGGAGCUGCGAGAGAAGGGACACGGUGACAAAAAAGACGAGCCCUGGUGGCCUAAAAUGCAGACGGUCCAUGAACUAAUAGACUCGUGCACCAUCAUUAUAUGGGUAGCCUCAGCACUUCAUGCAGCAGUCAAUUUUGGGCAAUACCCUUAUGCUGGUUACCUCCCUAAUCGUCCCACAUUAAGCCGAAGAUUCAUGCCAGAGCCGGGAACUCCUGAAUACGACGAGCUCAAGAUGAAUCCUGACAAGGCGUUCUUGAAAACUAUCACACCUCAGAUGCAGACACUGCUCGGGAUUUCCCUCAUAGAGGUGUUGUCUAGGCAUACUUCAGAUGAGGUUUAUUUAGGACAACGCGACACCCCUGAAUGGACAACGGAUCAAGAACCACUGCAAGCUUUUGAAAGAUUUGGAAAGAGGCUGAGAGAGAUUGAGGAAAAAAUUACACAAAUGAAUUGUAAUGAGAGUUGGAAGAAUAGGUCAGGGCCUGUUAAGAUACCUUACAUUUCACUCUACCCCUCAAGUGAAAUGGGAUUAACUGGUAAAGGAAUUCCCAACAGUGUGUCCAUAUAAAGCUUUUGAUUAAAUAAGCAUUAACCUGAUGCAAUCUAGUAAAUCCAUAGUAUGUUUUUCUUAGCAAUUUAUCGAUAUAAUCAAAAUCUACUAAUAUUAUGGGUACAUCAAUUUAAGCUCAUUUGUGCUAGAAUAGUAUAAUCCCCCUAAUCCAAUUCGAUCCGUAAUCCUAUGGUAUUACUUAUAAUAUCAUCGCUAAUCCCAUGAUCUCCCUACUUUUAUUUCCAAACCUGACAACCAAAUGGA